AUGGGUGGUUCUUCACCAAUAUUAUUCUUGCACUACUUGCUCUUCUUCCUACUGAUCAUCACUACAUCUCAUUAUUUCAUGCUUGUUCACUCUUUCCCUUCUCUCCAGCAACAGAAGCCACUCUGCCACCACGAUGACAACUCUGCUUUGUUGCACUUCGGUCAAAGCCUUUCAAUUAUAAAGUCUAUACCAAUAUCUCUGGAUCUUCAGUUUAUCCAAAGGUUGCAUCGUGGAAUACUAGUAGCGGUGAUUACUGCUCAUGGGACGGUGUCACUUGUGAUGAUGACACUGCCGUACAAUUGGUUCAAUCACUCUCAAAUCCCAUCUGCUAUUGGACUUCUUUUGAGGUUACCUUAUCUCAAUCUCUCAUAUUCUGUAUUUGCUGGUCAAAUCCCUUUGGAAAUUUCAAAUUUAACCAAAUUAACUUCUCUUGAUCUCUCAAGAAAUUUAGUGGAGCUCCUUAAGCCUGGUCUAACAAGUUUAGUUCAGAACUUGAUGGAUUUAAAACAGCUUCACCUCAGUCGAGUAAAAAUAUCUUCUCAGUUUCUUAACGUGAAGGACAGUCCAGAUCUCAGCGGUUACUUGCCUGAAUUUCACAAGAGGAGUCCACUCAAGGAAUUGGGACUAUCAAGAACAAACUUUUCUGGAGUGGUGCCAAAUUCAAUUGGAAAUCUCCACUCCUUGAACAAAUUGGAUAUGUCACAAUGCAAUUUCACAGGGUCAAUUCCGUAUUCGUUUGGUAAUCUUGCAAAACUCCUUUAUUUGAGCCUUCUCGGAAGCAACUUUUUUAGAGAACUGCCAAAUUCAGUCGGACAACUUAAAUCCUUAAAUCAUUUGGAGAUGGUUAAAUACCUUCUUCCUUUGAUACCUUAUUCCUUAGGUAAUUUUACACAACUCCUAUAUCUUCGACUUUCUUCUAAUUUGUUGCACGGCCCAAUUCCCGAGUCAAUCUCUCGACUUAUGAAUUUGGAAGUUCUUUAUCUUGAUGGUAAUAACCUAAAUGGAAUAGUGGAGCUAGAUGUGUUUCUUACUCUGAAAAAUCUUACUACUCUUGAGCUCUCAAGUAACCAAUUAACAUUGUUCCCAAGUAGUUUCAUCAAUGCUACGCUUCCAAAGUUUAUGUACCUCGGUUUAAACUCAUGCAACUUAACUGAGUUCCCAGAUUUCUUGAAAACUAAAGAUGAGUUGUUGUCCUUAACCCUCAGCAACAACAAUAUUCAAGUCCCCCUGCCUACAUGGAUAUGGAACACGAGUACACAAACUCUUGAAACCCUUGACCUUUCUCAAAACCUUAUAACUGGCGCCUUUCUCGAACAUCCAGUAGGUCUUUUGUGGGACAGACUAUGGCUUUUAGAUCUUAGUUCUAACAUGCUACAAGGACCACUCCUCGUCCCAUCAUCAUCCAUCCAGUUUUACAAUGUUGCAAACAACAAACUGACAGGGGAGAUUCCCCAGCUGAUAUGCAAUGCGAGUUCUCUUCGUGUCCUGGAUUUAACUUAUAACAAUCUGAGUGGCACCAUUCCCCAUUGCUUGGCCAGUUUUUCUGAUUCUCUAGAGUUAUUGAAUCUUCGAAACAAUAAAUUACGUGGCCCCAUUCCUCAAACAUACAAGAAUGGAACCCAACUAAGAAUGAUCAACUUGAGUCAAAACCAAUUGGAAGGGCCAAUGCUAAAUUUGUUGGUCAAUUGUUCAAUUCUAGAGAGUCUUGAUCUUGGGAACAAUCAGAUCGAUGACAUUUUUCCCUUUUGGCUUCAAACACUUCCUGAAUAG